AUGGCGGAACAAUUUAAGGCCCGGACGUUGAAGCGCAAGAACGUCAAAGGCCUCGCCCUCAAUGCGGCCCCCAAGCCAGCUGCCAAUAAUGCCUCUGAUGGCGAUGCUCAGGGCCUCGGUGCGGUUGGAAACUCCGAGGGCCCUACAGAUACGCUAGAGAUUGGUCUGGAGUUUCGACUAGAUCUUCGCAGUGAGGAUCUCGUAACGUUGAAGGAGCUUGGAGCUGGGAAUGGAGGCACCGUCUCUAAGGUUAUGCAUGCCUCGACCAAGGUCGUGAUGGCCCGAAAGAUCAUCCGAGUCGACGCCAAAGAAAACGUUCGGAAGCAAAUUCUACGAGAACUUCGGGUCGGACACGACUGCAACUCGCCCAAUAUUGUGACUUUCUACGGCGCCUUCCAGAACGAGGCCAGAGAUAUUGUUCUUUGCAUGGAAUACAUGGAUUGCGGAUCCCUCGACCGCAUCUCAAAGGACUUUGGUCCAGUGCGGGUCGAUGUGCUGGGCAAGAUUACCGAGUCCAUCCUGGCCGGUCUGGUCUAUCUUUAUGAGGCUCAUCGUAUCAUGCAUCGUGAUAUUAAGCCGUCCAACGUGUUGGUCAAUUCGCGCGGUGAUAUCAAGCUCUGCGAUUUUGGUGUCGCCACUGAAACUGUCAAUUCCAUUGCCGAUACCUUUGUUGGUACUUCGACCUAUAUGGCACCGGAACGUAUCCAAGGAGGUGCCUACACCGUUCGCUCGGAUGUAUGGAGUGUGGGUUUGACUGUGAUGGAACUCGCUGUGGGUCGAUUCCCAUUCGAUACCUCGGACUCCGCAGCAGGAGACCGCGCCAGUGCAGGCCCCAUGGCUUCCCAAGAGCGAUGCCUUCCCCCCAUUUUGCACGAUUUCGUCGGGAAGUGUCUGCUGAAGAAGUCGGAGGAACGACCAACCCCGCGAGAGCUAUAUGACAAAGAUGCCUUCUUGCAGGCAGCCAAGCGUACGCCGGUCGACCUGCAGGACUGGGCCAUCAGCAUGAUGGAACGACACAACCGCAAGUCUUAUUUGGCACCACCUGCGCCCAAGUCCCUGAAGGAUACGCCUUCAGCAAGCACGCAAUCAGCGGCUGCGGCGCCUCCUGCGCCUCCACCUAUCUCCAAAACCACCCCAGUCACCAGCAAACCACUUCCACUUCGUCAGCAGACUUCGUCCCCAUAUCAGCAACGUCCACCUUCGGGCGAGAUCCCCGUGAACAUCGGCAAUGAUGCCCACCGCCAUUACGGUCCCCCGAGCAGCCAAAACCACCACUAUUCUUCCUCGCGCUCCACACGGUCCCCACAGCCACCUUCCUUGGAGCAUCUUUCAUUGGAGACCAAGGAUGACAAUGACGCACGAGCAGGCCGCAUGCAAUCACGCUUUCUGGGCGACCCCGUCUCCGCGGUCGAUGCUCCAUCCCGCCCAUUCAUGAGCCCGCGGUCCGUCAGUUCGCACAACGCAAAGUCUCGCACAAACCUCAACCCUGCGACAAUGCCCAUCCGCACCGCUCCCCCACCAAGCGGACCGCCUCCUCCUCCCCCUGUAUCUGCAGGCGGAAAUUGGCGCGGUUACCCCAGCCAAAUGCCUGGGACCAGUUCCUAG